AUGAAGAAACAAAUGCAGAAUUUCGAAGAUAUUAAAGAAAUUUUCAAUGUAAAUGUGAUUGGUACAAUGAAUGUUAUUCGUUUUGCAUGUAAGUCGAUGCUUGAAAAUGAGAAAGAUAUAACUGGACAGCGAGGAGUUAUUAUAAACGUUUCAUCAGUUUGCGCAUUUGAUAGUUAUCCAAAUGUAGUAAGUUUCUAUUUUACAUUCAUAAAUAUCUUAGGAUUAUUAUAUUUUUCGUGUGCUUAUUCCGCAACGAAAGGAGCAAUAGCAAGUUUAACAUUGCCUUUGGCUGGUAGUUUCGGUGAGAAUGGAAUACGAUUCAUGUGUAUUGCUCCAGGAAUUUUUGAUACUCAAAUGACAAAUUCAACACCUGAGGAAAGCGAAGCAGCAUUGAACUAUGUGCCAUUUCCUAAACGAUACGGAGAUCCAUUAGAAUUUGGUUCACUUGUUUAUCAUAUUAUAGAAAAUCGCUAUUUGAAUGGUGAAGUUAUUCGAUUGGACGGUGCAACACGUCCAAAACUAUAA